ACGUUGUUGGUUGCGGGGGAAGGCGGGACAGGAGGAGGAUAUAUGGAGGACUGAGAUGUGCAGAAGCACUGUGGACAUGAGGAUGAAACCGAACAGGCACGUGUGCAUCCUGCUACCAAACAAGCAGCACCUGGACUGCACUGCCACGGUGAAAGCCAGAGGCCGUGAGGUGUUGCCCAGUGUGUUGAAGCAUCUUGGCGUCAGUGAACUGCAGGUCUUUGGUCUGGCUGUUCUCAGGGAUAAUGAAUACCUCUUUCUUGAUUUGGACCAAAAGCUGAGCAAGUACUUUGGCAAAAGAUGGAGCAGAGGAUCUACGACAGUGCCAUUCGUCGUCUUUCUGAGAGUGCAGUAUUAUGUAGCGAGUGGGCAGCUAAUAUUGAGCAGCAAAGUGCAGCAGCUCUACUACACUGAGCUGAGGCAGAAGUUGCUGCGUUCACAGAGCCGCCAUCAGGAAGCUUUGCUCUUCCAGCUGGCAGCAUCUGCGCUUCAAGCUGAAACCGGAGAUCUGGAGCAGAGAGAAGGGAAUGAUGAAGAGGAGCGGCACAGACAUUGCUUUCUUCCUGAAGAUUACUUCCCCUCUUGGCUGAUAAAGCGUCGCGGGAGAGACUAUCUGCUUCAGCACUGCCCGCUGUUACAUGGUGAGCUGAGAGGCCUGUCACAUAACCAAGCCAUCCUGCAGUUUAUUAAAGAGGCCAACAGUCUGCAGGACGGACCGGUGACCUUCUACAGGAUGAGACAGGAGAAAAAAGAGCUGAGAAGAUCACUUGUUCUUGGUGUGGUAUUGAAGGGAGUCCAUAUUUAUCAGGAGGUGGAAGGGAAACUGUGUCUAUUGUAUGAUUUUUCCUGGACCGAUAUUGACCGAUUCACUUUCCAGGGCAGUAGGUUUGAAAUCACUGCCGUGGGCUCUCUGUGCCUCCAGAAGCUGGUGUAUUACACUCAUUCAGCUUUCCAUUCCAAACACAUCCUGAAGCACCUGAGUGACAGUCAUCAGAACUGCAUCAAAACCAGGGAUGCAGUCGAAUACAUCCAACAGCUGGAGGACAUGCAGGCCAGUCAGUUCUACAAAGAGGCCUACAUCUGUGACAUAGCACGCUUAAGACAAAGGCUUCAACUUCAGAGCAGCAGCAUCACAUCCUCCGUGUCUGACUGCAGUGUCGCAGUGGAGACGAGCAGGGCCUGGUCCAGAGAGGAGCAGGAUGAUGUCUCUGUCACAGAGCUUGAAUUAUGUGUGGAUGAAGGAGAGGAGGUUUUUGUUGACAACCCAGUUGAGAUGUCCUGGCUGGCUGAGCUGCUCCACGGUGUGUCUGUGGAUGGGCCCUUGGUGUUACCUUCAUCAUAUUGGGCAGCUGUCACCGUGGAAAUGAAACAGGUUCUGAGGAGGAGAGCUGAUGAACUGGUUGCUGUGUCCUAAUAUACAGCCAGAGGCAGGAGGGACUGCAGCUCAGGACAAGAUCCCUAUAUAUUACUGGCCUGAUGCAAACAUUGCUUUUCUAUAGUAACCAUAGACCUGACUGAAUACUGAAUCCGAUAUAGGAAUUAUGCUAAUAAUUACAUUACAGUUUCAGUGCAACAUUAGUUCCAACAGAUUCACUGAACAUGGUGUAUGUUAUGUAUAGUAAUAGUGUGUAAUAACUAAAUAAUCAGAUAAGAACACUUUAGGAGUAAAUAAAAGUGU